GGGCACUCAGUGGUGUCUGGGGCCGCAGAAGGCGCUCCUCUGCCAGCCCUUGUGAGCAAGACCACCAGAGGGACUGGGGCCACGCGGAGCUGCUGGAGGGAAAUUCCAAACAUGCAGAAGUGAAUUACCACCACCCUCAACUGCAGCCUUGCCUUUCUUACCCAGCACCUAGUUAUUUUAAAGCAAAGCCCGGAUACCAUUAUUCAACUGUAGGAAGGUUCUAGAAGUCUGAAUCACAUUAUGUCACCCUCCAGUCUUAAAACCCUCCAACUGUUUCCUCUCACACAGAAUAGACACCCACCCCCACCCCACCCCCACUGAGGGCACAGAUUCCUGUGGCCUUUGCCUGCCUUCUCAGCCAGAAGGAGCUGUGGCUGCCAGGUCAGCUCUGAUGUUGCUGCCCUGCUCCAGUGUGUGGGCCGGGUGUUGGCGCGCUCUAAGGGCCAAGGUCACCCUGUCUUUACACUUUAUUUCAGCAAACCUUCGCUGAGCCCCUGCUGUGUGGGGCCAGCUCUUCUGUCAGCUGGAGUCCAGUGGGAGGGGCACAGGCAAGGGGCAGAUACAGUUGGUCCGCAGUAGUAUUUGCAAAGUUGACGUGUAACUCUGAAAUCAGUACUCAGUCGCUCCCCUAGUUACUUGUAGACACGUGCACAGCGGCAAACACGAGUGGUGGAACAUGCCUGCCCCCAGCUGGUACUGAACCAGGCGACACACUGUCUUCCUGCUUCGUGCAUACUGUAAACAGGUGCCCUUUCCGAGGUGCAUUUAGUGUCACGUUGUUUUUAGUUUAAAUCUGAAUUUGUUGGAGAGGCAGGGAGGGGCAGAGAGAGAGAGGAUCUCAAGCAGACUCCCUGCUGGGCACAGAGCCCUGUGAUGCAGGGCUCAAUCUCGUGACCCUGAGAUUGUGACCUGAGCCUGGUUGGACUCUCAGCCGAGUCACCCAGGCACGCUAUUUUUGCAUUUUUGCACUUUUGUUGGUGAUUUUGCUGUUCAAAGUGGCCCCAAGCGUAGUGGUGCUUUCUAAUGUUCUAAGCUCACAGCACAAGGCUGUGAGGUGCCUUUUGGGGAAAAUAUAUUUGUGCAGGUGUGGGUUACAGUGUUGUUGGCUGUGGGUUCAGUGUUUGUGAAUCAACGUAUACGUGAAAUAAGGUGUUUCAAGCAGAAAGACAUAGAACAAGGUCGUGUGUUGAUCUGCUGGGGACCCCCGUGAGGUGUAAAGUCAUUGUGGCUCAGGGCUAGCAGCUGAACCACGGCUCUGCGGGAAACUCAGCCACUCAUACCCAUCAGGAACAGCGUUUGCAAAGGCCCUGAGGCCAUUGUGGCUGCAGUGGAGUGGGAGGAAGUGAGGGCAGGGGGCAUCCAGGCACCUGGGUAGAUUUUGAAGGCAGAGGCACACCCCUGAGGGUGUGCUGACAGACCGGAUGUGGAUAGAGGAAGAGAGGCCUAGACGACCCUGGGGUUUCCGGCUGAGCACCUGCAAGGACGGCACUGCCAGUGACAGAUGUGGAGGAGCAGGUUUUGGGGGGACACCAGGAGCUUGUUGGGGAAGUUGAGUUCGAGAGAGGCUCAGACAGACAGGUGCUGAGCAGGUGCCUGAAAAUCGGGGGACACGAGGGAGUCGUCAUCAAACACAUAAAGCCGAAGCCUCAGGAGCAGUGCUUGAGGCACGGGUGCGGCAGCUGCAGGCCGAGUGUGUGUCGGAGGCCACGGUGAAGAGGGUCGGCGUGGCUCAAGGACUCCGAGCAUCUGCCCGUCUCCAGCCCCCCGGGAAGGCCCAGGCAGGGCCUGAGGGCACCGCCGAGGAACUCGGUGGCCGCUGGGCCCAGAAACUGGACCAGGAGAAGUUUGCGAUGCAGAAACGCAAGCAGCAGUUGGAGCUGAAGCUGCAGGUGCGAGCCCAGCAGCUGGCUUGUGAGUACAAGCUGCGGGUGGCGCCCCGCCUGCUGGACACCCAGCUGGCCGGUCGCCUGCAACACUGGGAGCAGGAGGUCCCCGAGGGCCUCUGGGAGGAGCAGCUGGUGUGGCUGCUGCAGGAGGCCCCCCGGAAGCUGAGCCCCGAGGUGGAGCAGGCCCCCAAGGCCGGGAGCGCCUCCGUGCAGCAGGAGAUCCGGCAGCAGAGGCUCCUGGCCUUCCUCGAGUGCUGCCUGCUCACGGACCACCUGCCUCUCGCCCACCACGUGCUGGUCACCUACCACGGCCGGUCCCGGCAGCAGCAGCGGCUCACGCUGGCCAUGUACAACACCGUCAUGCUCGGCUGGGCUCGCAAGGGCUCCUUCAAAGAGCUGGUUUACGUGUUCUUCAUGGUGAAAGACGCUGGCCUCACCCCAGACCUGUUGUCCUAUGCAGCCGCCCUGCAGUGCAUGGGACGGCUGGACCAGGACACCAGCACCAUCCAGAGGUGUCUGGACCAGAUGGCCCGGGACGGGCUGAAGCUGCAGGGGCUCUUCACCAGCGUGCCCCUGCGCCAGGAGGAGCAGGCCGUGGUCCUGAAGGCCGUGCGCAAGGCCCAGCCCACCUUUAGCCCGCCGCCCCCGCCACGGCCCCCACCCCAGGUCAACACCUCACCACUGCUCAGGGAGAUCUAUGCCAAGAGCGGGCCCGUGUCGUACCCAAAGCUGCACCUGCCGCUGCAGUCGCUGCAGAAGCUCUUCCGGGAGCAGCUGCGCAUGGAGCUGGCCACCACCGUCACCGUGGAGUCCGUGGAGAAGGCCCGGGUGCCGACCGAGGAGGUCCUGCAGGCGCGGGACACCCUAAAGCAGCUGCGGGCCGAGUGGGCGGAGGCACUGUGCCUCGGGCUGCAGGAACUGAAGGCCAGCGAGGCCCAGGCUGCCCGCUCCUGCCGCUCCACCAUCUUCCCGUACCUGUGCGUGCUGAGCGAGAGGGAGCUCGCCGAGCUGCUGCUGCAGACCCUCCAGGUGCUGCCCCCGCAGGGAGAGUCGCUCCUCUCCCUGGCACAGCAGCUGGGCCUGCGCGUCUUCAACCGGCACACGGUGCAGAGGAAGCAGCUGAGCAGCCAGGUGCGGGCGUUGCAGCGGCGCUACUACCGCUACCUGCACCUGCUGGCCUCCGACACCCAGGUGGCGGCGCCCCCCUUGCCGCGGCAGUACUGGGAGGCACUGGGGGCGCCCGCGGCCCCCCACGAGCAGCCCUGGCCCCUGCCUGUGCUGGUACAGCUGGGCAAGAAGCUAGCCGAGGUGCUGGUGGAGGUCGUGCGCAUGCCCGGCAGCCUGGUCACCCCACAGGGCUCCUGCACGCUCAUCCCCGUGCUCUACCACGUGUACUCCUUCCGCAGCUUCCGCCAGAUCGGGAUCCUGAAGCCACACCCGGCCUUCACCGAGCUGCUGGCGGUGGCCGCGGAGCACACGCUGACCUUCGAGGCGGCCGAGGUGCCCAUGCUGUGCCCGCCGCUGCCCUGGAUGUCGCCGCACACGGGUGCCUUCCUGCUGAGCCCCACCAAGCUCAUGCGCUCGCUGGAGGGCACCAUGCAGCACCAGCGUCUGCUGGACAGCUGCCCGCCCGCCGAGCUGCACGGCGCCCUGGACGCCCUCACGCAGCUGGGCAACUGCGCCUGGCGCGUCAACGGGCGCGUGCUGGACCUGGUCCUGGAGCUCUUCACCGCCAAGGGCUGCCCCCGCCUGGGUGUGCCGGCCCCGCCUUCUGAGGCACCGCGGCCACCCGAUGGCCGCCUGCCGCCCAGCGCCUCGUCCGCCCAGAAGGCCGAGGUGCGGCGGGAGGUGGCCCGCUGCCUGAAGGUGGCACGGGAGAUGCACAGCCUGCGCUCGGACGCCCUGUACCGCCUCUCCCUGGCCCAGCACCUCCGGGACCGCGUCUUCUGGCUGCCUCACAACAUGGACUUCCGCGGCCGCACCUACCCCUGCCCGCCCCACUUCAACCACCUGGGCAGCGACCUGGCGCGUGCCCUGCUCGAGUUUGCCCAGGGCCGCCCGCUGGGCCCCCACGGCCUUGACUGGCUCAAGAUCCACUUGGUCAACCUCACGGGGCUCAAGAAACACGAGCCCCUGCGGGCGCGCCUGCUCUUCGCGGACGAGGUCAUGGACGACAUCCUGGACUCUGCCGACCGGCCCAUGACGGGCCGGAAGUGGUGGAUGGAGGCGGAUGAGCCCUGGCAAGCCCUGGCUUGCUGCAUGGAGAUCGCUCGAGCCGUGCGCACCGCCGACCCCACGGCCUACGUCUCUCACUUCCCGGUUCACCAGGACGGCUCCUGUAAUGGCCUGCAGCACUACGCCGCCCUGGGCCGGGACAGCGUGGGGGCCGCCUCCGUCAACCUGCUGCCCUCGGACCUGCCCCAGGAUGUGUACAGUGGGGUGGCCGCACAGGUGGAGGUGUUCCGCAGGCAGGACGCUGAACGGGGUGUGCGGGUGGCCCAAGUGCUUGAGGGGUUCAUCAGCCGCAAGGUGGUCAAGCAGACGGUGAUGACCGUGGUGUACGGGGUGACCCGCUACGGGGGCCGCCUGCAGAUCGAGAGGCGCCUGCGGGAGCUCAGCAACUUCCCCCAGGAGUUCGUGUGGGAGGCCUCUCACUACCUGGUGCGCCAGGUGUUCAACAGCCUGCAGGAGAUGUUCUCGGGCACCCGGGCCAUCCAGCACUGGCUGACCGAGAGCGCCCGGCUCAUCUCCCACGCGGGCUCAGCCGUGGAGUGGGUCACACCCCUGGGCAUCCCCGUCAUCCAGCCCUACCAUCAGGACUCCAAGGUGUUGAUCAGUGGCGGCAUCCAGAGCCUAACCUUCAGCCAGAGCGGGGACACCACCCAAAAGCCCAACACGCUGAAACAGAAGAAUGGCUUCCCCCCCAACUUCAUCCACUCGCUGGACUCUUCUCACAUGAUGCUGACAGCCCUGCACUGCUACAGGAAAGGCCUGACCUUUGUCUCCGUGCACGACUGCUUCUGGACCCACGCGGCUGACGUGGAGGUCAUGAACCAGGUGUGCCGGGAGCAGUUUGUCCAACUGCACAGCCAGCCCAUCCUGCACAACCUGUCCAGGUUUCUGGUGAAGCGAUUCUGUUCAGGCGCCAGGUCCCCCAAGCACUCCAAGAACGUGUGGCUUGGCAAGCUGCAGGACACGCUGAAGUCCGUGCCCAAGACAGGGGCCUUCGACCUGGAGCAGGUGAAGCACUCCACUUACUUCUUCAGCUGAGGCCGCGGUCCCCAGCGGUGGUCCCCAGCCCCGUCCCGUCCCCAGCCAGGCGCCGCGCGGGCAGCCUGCCCUGUACCAUAGUGUAAAAUAAAGCCGUGUUGUCACCCACGGGA